CAGCUCGAUCGUAAGGUCGUCAGACACUUGGAAUGCAAGAUCGACUUGCUUAUUAUUCCUGCUCUGGCUACGUGCUAUAUGGUGACUUUCUGGCUCGACAAAACGACGCUUUCGUACGCAGCUAUCUUCGGCAGUAAACGUCCGACAUUUCGUAUGAAAGUUUCUGAUUUGUAUAUCGAAUACAGCUGGCUGUCCAGCAUCUUCUACUUUGGAUGGCUCACCUGGGCCCUACCUACUAAUCUACUGAUGCAGAAAUUUCCCCUCAACAAGUAUCUUGCGGCCAACAUAUUCUUGUGGGGUGUUCUUAUGACCCAAGCGAUUAGUCAGAACUUUACGCCGGAUCUUGCGGUGCUACGGAUAUUGUCUGGUGCAUUCGAAGCCACUGCCGACGGGCCUUCAUUUGUCCUCAUCACUGCGACUUGGUACACACGGAAGCAGCAACCCACACGCAUUGGUUACUGGUCUCUGGUCAACGGUCUUGGUAUCGCUUUAGGUAUGGCAUCGGCCAGGUAUGUGAGUAUGGCUUUUCACGACUGA